ACAUAAGUGUAGUGCUUGGAUCGGGCACGAAUCCUGCAGGCAGGGAAUGUGCCCCGGCAGUGUGUGAGCCUGAGCAGGGACAAUGCAGAGCAGCAAGCGAGGGGAUUCCUCUGGCACCGCGCAGGAGUCCGGACUCUGGGUCUGGGCUGCACAGGGCCAAGUUCCCGUGUUUGGACAGGCUCAGGGACUGCCCCCGGGGCGCGCGGGGCUCGGCCGUGGAACGGACACGCGGACAAACGGCCCCGGGGCUUCGGCGGUAGCGGCGGCAGCGGCGGCAGCGACUCCACAGAGUCUACGAACUCUGCGACCCUCCUCAUCUCUCGUUCCUCCUCUCCCUAUUCCACAUUCCUGCACUCUCUCCUGGUGUCCCUUUCCCGGUCUCCCCAGCCCCUCUCGGUGUCCCCGUCUCGGCCUUUCCCUCUCCCCCUGCCGGGCCGGGCCAUGCCCCCGGCCCGCCCCCGGCCCCGGGCGGGGCUGCCCCGUCCCCGUCCCCGGGCGUCCCCCCGCGGUCUCGCCUGGGCCCGGCUCUGGCCGUGCUGGCGGUGGCGCUGCUGGGCCGGGAUCAGUGCCUGGGGCUGGGGCGGCAUCGCCACCCUUUGGCUGCGCCUGGGCCGGGCACGGCCUCGGCCCCGGUGCCGACCCCGAGCCCGGCGCCGCCUCCUCCCGGGCCCCGCGGAGGACACACGCGGCGCGGCCGCUCCCGCCGCCUCCGCUGCGGCUUCCCCGGCCCGAGCUCCGCCGCUCGGCAGCGCAGCCGCCGGCCCCGAACCGCCGGGGCCCGGCGCGGGUGGGGAUGCCCGGCCCGGGCCGCUCGGGGGGCGCUCGGGGGCCGUGUCUGGCCCCGGGCCGAGCGCUGACGGCCGCGUGUCGCCCGCAGGGAAGGCGCAGGAGGCCCUGCAGGACCGGUACCGGCUGGGUUCGCUGCUGGGGCGCGGAGGAUUCGGCAGCGUCUACUCGGGGACACGAGUGUCGGACGGCGCCCCGGUGGCCAUCAAAUGCGUGCCGCGGGAUCGCAUCCGGCUCUGGGGCGAGCUGCCCAACGGCGCCCCUGCGCCCCUGGAGAUCGUGCUGCUGGACAAGGUGUCCGCUGGCUGUGCUGGUGUCAUUCAGCUCCUGGAGUGGCUUGAGCUCCCCACCAGCUUCUUGUUGGUGCUGGAGCGUCCCGAGCGGUGCCAGGACCUGUCGGCUUUCCUGGCGGAGCGGAGGUUCCUGCCGGAGGAGGAGGCGCGGGCGCUGUUCCGCCAGGUGCUGGAGGCCGUGCGGCACUGCACCAGCUGCGGGGUCCUGCACAGGGACAUCAAGCCUGAGAACAUCCUGCUCGACCUGGCCACAGGAGAGCUCAAACUCAUCGACUUUGGCUGUGGCGCCUUCCUCCAAGACACAGCCUACACCCAAUUUGCAGGAACCCUGUCCUACAGCCCACCAGAGUGGAUCCACCAGCAGCGCUACCACGGCGAGGCAGCAACGAUCUGGUCCCUGGGCCUCCUGCUGUACCACCUGGUCGUGGGGAAGCACCCGUUCAGGAGGGGCCAGCAGAUCAUCUGGGGCCGCAUCUUGUUCCCACGAUGGCUCUCUCCAGGUGGAUCCUCAUCUCUGGGCACAGGGGAAUACCAGUGCUGGGAGACAGCAGCAGCCUCAUGAGCACCCUGCUCUGGCAGCUGCUGGGGAGGGGGCACAUGUCCUGCUCUGCUGCUCUCCUCCAAACAGACAAUGCAUUGGGAAGUUUAGGCACAGCUCUGGGCACACCCAGCAUGGCCUGGGCAUGGGAAUGGGGGGCCAAAGUAGACGGGAUCCUUCUCCAAGUGACUGAUGGAUUCUGGUUUGUCUCUUCAGAGUGGCAGGAUGUCAUUAAGAGGUGUUUGUCCAUGCAACCCUUGGACAGGCCAUCCUUAGAAGACCUCUUCAAUGAUCCUUGGCUGCAGGGUGUUCAUCUGCCCUAGAAGAUGGGAGAGGUCCAUGUGCACAAUUGGAUCCAAAACCUGGCAGCUGGGGCCCUGGGCAGAACAGUGACAGCCUGCUCUGGCCCCCAGGGAAGGAGGAGCCCCUGGAGAAGCUCUGUCAGGUGGGGCUGCUGCUGGAGACACCAAGGACAACCUCAGGGAUGACAAUCUCUUCCUCCACCUGGUCACCAGCAGCUGAAGAUGAUGGAGUUUGAUUCUGGCACCUUCUUCAGAGACAUGCUCCAUGCCCAAU